AUGGGCUCGACGCAAAGGAGAAGCAGCGAUACUCUAAAACCUCGAAGUCCCUCUCCUGAACUGGAAUUGACGGAUGUAGAAACCAGUCCUGCCUUGAAAAUAAAAAGUCAUCCUUGCUUAGAAGAAUGUGUAGAGAAAGCCCUAUCUGUCUCCAAGCUCGAUGGUGAAAACCCAGUGUCUCCAUCGUGGUUAAAUGAUGACACCGAGCUGUUCGAAAAUAUUGAUCAGACUGCCAACUUUGACCCUAGUUCGACCUCUACACCGGUGGAUGUUACACCAAGGUCUCCUACUUUCUCUCCACGACCUUCUGUUCUGAAAGGUCUUCUUAAAAAAGCAACACCUGUUUUUACUCCUUUAACAUCUCAGAACUCUUGUAAACCAUCUCUUGGGGAAAAGUCGGCUGCUGUGUCCCAUCCCGUGGUCCACAAAAAGGCCGAGUUGAGGCAGAUCCCUCUGUCGUUGAAGAAACCGACGCCGCCUCAGGAUGCAGGCGUCCUUAUUUCGUCAAGUUUCUUAAAAGCGAUUAAUGAGGCUUGUGACGCAAUUCAGGCCAUGCCCCUUGAAAAGUUAAUUAACUGCUUUGAAGGACGGAUAACCAGUAUAACUCAGUUACUGACGGCUAGAAGCCAUCACCAGGAUUCACUGUCGAAAGCUUACAGCAAGCAGCGACGUCAGCAGAAAUCACAGCAACAAAAGGAGCGUCCGUAUUUCAGUGCCGGUGGAACAUCAGCCUCUACUGAGCUCUCCAGUACGAACGAAACGGCUCAUGAUGAUGUUGGCAACUGCAACAGCUUCGAUGGCUUUCCAGAACAGGCUCCUCUUUUAUCGACCACCUCACUAGCGUCUGCUAAAUCAAUCACCUUUAACGUUCCCCCGCCUGUGGAGAUCAUUGCUCGCUCUAAGCCGAAAGAACCAAAACUUGAGGCGGACACUGGCGAAGGAAACGUCUUUCUACCUUUGAGCAGUCAUCACUCGAAAUGGGACGUUUCCGCUGAAAUUAUUGAUUACAAAGAACAACCUGAUGAUGGUUCGACUGGAGAAUUUGAUGGGACUGAUAGAUUUCCUCACUCAAAUUCCCUGAUGGAUGCGUUCAAGCGUAUAUUUGGUCUUCGCACCUUUAGACGGAAUCAGCUACAGGCUAUUAAUGCCGCUUUACUAGGAAAAGACUGCUUUGUAAUCAUGCCGACAGGUUUGUACAACUUUCAGGGUGUACAUUUGUGUCUAGGCGGUGGUAAAAGUCUCUGCUAUCAGCUUCCAAGUGUAGUUGAAGAGGGUCUCACAAUUAUUGUGUCCCCUCUUAAGGCUCUCAUUCUGGAUCAAGUUAACAAACUGCAGUCCCUUGGUGUGCACGCAGCUAGCCUCUCUGGUGAUUUGCCGUUGUCGGAAUGCGAUCGCAUCUUCACUUCUUUGCAUACAAUGAAGUUGGGCAUAAGCAUUCUCUUUGUGACACCGGAAAAGAUUGCUGCCUCAGGGAAGCUGAAACAGGUCAUGGAGGAGCUGUACAGGAGAAAUAAGCUGGCACGUUUUGUGAUCGACGAGGCACACUGCGUGAGUCAGUGGGGACAUGACUUCCGUCCCGACUACCGGAAUCUGCGAAUCCUGCGCGAGAACUUUCCCAAGGUGCCUAUGAUGGCCAUGACCGCUACGGCGACUCCCCAAGUUCGGCAGGACAUCCUCCAUCAGUUGCGAAUGUCUAACACCAAGUGGUUCAUUCAGAGUUUUAACAGGGCGAACCUCAAGUUCGAGGUGCGAUCGAAACGUUUGAAGAGCUGUUCGAAGGACAUAAUUCAGCUUAUCGAGACGAAGUUCUCGCGUCUCUCAGGCAUUGUAUACUGCUUGUCGCGCAACGAGUGCGACACUCUUGCGGAGGAGCUCACUGCCGCUGGACUGCCAGCCAGAGCCUACCACGCCGGCAUGACCGACGCUGCCCGCAAACGCGUCCAGGAGGCCUGGAUCCAGGAGGAAAACUUUAAGAUUGUCUGCGCGACGAUUGCCUUCGGUAUGGGCAUUGACAAGCCGGAUGUGCGCUUUGUGAUACACCACUCCAUUCCAAAGUCCAUUGAGGGCUACUAUCAAGAGGCUGGUCGUGCAGGUCGUGAUGGUCUCCCCGCCACCUGCAUCCUGUACUACAAUUGGCGAGACGUCAUUCGUCUCAGAAAGCUUAUCCACUCAAGUAGUCCGAACGGGUACUCGGAUGGGGCGGUGAAGUUGCACGAAGACUCACUCUUCAAGAUGGUCUCCUACUGUGAUAACGUGAUCGACUGCCGACGACGCCUGAUUUUGGCUCACUUCGGGGAAGCCUUUGACCCUGCAGAUUGCGCCCUCGUGGUGGGCUGCGAGUGUGAUAACUGCCACCUGGCGGAGCACCAGAAGUUGGCCCAGCGCGACCUCACCGUUGACGCCAUAGCCCUUGUCGAGACUGUCUCAGCCCUCGUCCAAUGUCGGCGCAAUGUUACUCUCAACUACCUUGUCGAGGUCUUCAGAGGCAAGUUUCAUUAUAUUCUGUUGGAACUCAGCGUGCCAUUUGCGAUAAUUGGACGAUGUGAAUAUCGUGCACAAACGGCCCAAGUUCAGCGGAACCAGGAUCACAGCCUCUCACUCUACGGCAAAGGUGCGAACUACUCAAAGACGGAUGCGGAGCGCCUUCUCCAUCGCCUGCUUGCCGACAGGGUGCUCAAUGAGGAAUUUGCCAUUACUGCUAUGGACACGGUUGCUGCCUACCUCCGUCCUGGCCCAAGGGCAAACAUUCUUCUCUCCGGCAACUUGCAGAUUAUGCUUCCGGUGGCGGUGAACGUGAAGGCGCGUGGAACUGACAUCUCGGUGGUGGGCGAGCAGCCAAAGGACAAGCUUGCUAGCAUUCGUAGCGAGUGCUACGAGGCACUUGUCAAGACCGCUAAACAACUUACUUCACAACAGGGCAUCUCCAACUACGCGAUAGUCUUCCCCAACGAGAUGCUUCUCGAGAUAGCCGACCAGCUGCCGACCUCACAAGAUGAGUUGCUGAAGAUACCGCAGUGCACAGAGUACAAGUUGACUCGCUUCAAUGCUACCGAAGCCUUCCUCGAUGUAACACUUAACUACCUCUCCAUCAUUGGUGCCAUCAAGGAGGAAGAAAAUGAGCUUAAGAAGCGCAGCGAACAACUCCUUUCGAAGCAGACACCGAUGGCGACCAAACCCCUCAAAGGCGUCGGUGCGGCCCGAAAUUCUAUCAAAAGGGUACUUGCCUCGCGCUAUUUUGCCAAAAAUCGGUUUAGUGGUGCAGGAAGCUCUAAGAGAGUACCUCAGAAACGCGCCAUAAAACGACCCUCUACCUCCGCUUCAGGCUCUGCUUGGCUGCGGUCGGAUUCAGCCAUUGGAGGGCAGCUUAAGCCGAAGUUAAUGAAAUUGACGACUCGUUUUGAGUAG